CGGCUAUCGGGCGGACCGGCAUCUCGGUGCCGGGCCCAAGGAUCAAUUUGGGCAGGUGGGGCCGUGCGAUCCAUGAAUCAUUAUCUCCACUCUUGGCGGCCGCUCGUCGCGCCUACAAAAGCCGUUGCAAGCGGAUGCUGAUAGAAGCUGGAGAUCCAAUCCAUCAGGUUUUCUCCCUAGUCCCUUGUCCUGCUGCAGAUCCUUCAAACAUCACCGAAACGCAGUCGACUACAAACCAUGUCUCAAUAUCCUCAGCAAGGCUGUUUUUUUAUCAACUGCAGUGGUUAUCCUCCUCCCCAGAGCUACCAAGGUUACCCACCUCCGCAAGGCCCUCCGCAGCCUUACCCGCCUCAGGGCUACCCGCCUCCCCAAGGUUACGCACCCCAGCCCCAGCCGAUGCAGUAUCAGCAGGCACCGCCGCCCAAGGAGGAGAAGAGCCACGGCUGCUUGUACUCUUGCAUUGCUGCCAUUUGUUGCUGCUGGCUCUGCGGCGAGACAUGCGAGUGCUGUUUGGAGUGCCUGGAUUGCUGCUUCUGAGCGAACCACGACCACUGAUCGUGUCCUUUGAUGCGCUUCCCUGAGCCGACGAUUGACGAUCAUCAAGAUUUGAUGAACGC